AUGCCGAGACAAGCAGAAGAAAAGCUUGAAUAUCAAGACUUUUUGAACUGGAACUGGAAAGAUUUUUUAGCACCUCGAGGAUUGAAACAGACAAGCAAAAAAGCUGAACUUGUGGCGAGUGCAUUCGGUGCCUACGAGCUGAAAGCACCUAAGAAGUUUUCUCAAGAAGAAAUUGACAGGAAAUUGAAAGAAGAGUACCAACAGAGCCUAGAAAAACAUCAGAUAAACACCAACCCCAAUUCUAUUCGGAAAGAAGACUGGAAGGAAAACGUCCAUGAAUGGCCAAAUAUAGAUGAUGGAAUGCUUUUUAGCUACAUCUUAAGAGUGAAAGCAGUGGAUGUAGAUUACAUGGAUAAAUAUAAAGACCAAAAGGCAUAUUCUUAUUAA